UUGCUCGCCCCGGGUUCGAAAUUCAAGUCUGUUUGGAUUUCUACAGCUCUGGAGCCUGGAUCUCGCGUCAUUAUACCCCGCGUUAGUCCGAGCGUAAAGCACCGACUUCUAUUAGAUUGAUCAGAGGGGCGCCUUCUUACAUCCAAUUUUACAGUCCACAACUAUUGCAAUCAAUACCCUCCUGAAUCAAUCACCUUCCUGCGGAUCUGGAUCAGAGACAACGGUCCAAGCGGCAAGUCAUCGAAAGUCUCAGGCGACUACUGAGACCCUUUAUCAGUCUCAAAUCUUCAAAGUAUAACUCUCCCACCAUCUACUUUUCUUCCAGCGUCCACUCCAGCGUUUUCAGAGUACUGCGAUCCAAUUUUCAGUACACUCAUCCUCCGCAAGGACAAGGCAAUUAAACAACAUGAGCGACGCAGCACCCGACCCAACCCCACCAGAGCAAGGCUCACCACGUGGCGCCAUGGAUCCUCCAACGACACCAGGUCCAGGUCCGGGCCGCCACGCUAGGGCUCCAACUGCAACAACACCCGCACCCGCACUCGCACCUUCACUCUCACCGUCCACACCAGGCCGACGUAACCGCCCGCUGCUCUCAAACACGCCGCGUUCAUCUAGCAGUCCGUUCCCCACUCGCGCGCCCCGCACCCCAGGAGGAUCAUUGUCAAUCCAGCCCUGCACUGUCGACGAGACGCUGUAUAGCAGGGUGACUGUACACACGGCCAAGUGUACCGAGUGCGAUCAGCGUAACAUGGAUACUAUGCGACGCUGCCCUGGCUGCACAUUCCAGGUCUGCCAGCCGUGCUAUGAGAAGCGGCUCAAGAACAACAAAGGUCUUCUCCAUGGCAACAUGGCGACUCCAGGUGCGGCCGGAACCGGGCUUGGUACUACUCCUGCAGGUAGAACAGUGCGGCGUAGGCCAGUGGCGAGCAGCACACCCGUACGUGAGAGCGAAGAGAAGAAGGAAGAUGGGGUCAAGGAAGAGGAGGAAGAUGUCGAUCCCGCGCCGAAGGAGGCUGUCUCGUCUACACAGAAGUCGUCAGCAAAGAAGCGUGCGAUCAGGAAGAAGCCUGUUGUACUUGACAGUGAGGUGGACGAGCUCUCUUCCGAAGACGACUUCGAGCUAGACGAUCACUCACCUACACCCAGCAAGAAGCGCCGUACUGAACUCACCUUCGCCGAGAGCGCCCUUGCUACCGCUACCCGGACACCGCCUGCCACACGCGCAACUCGACGAUCAACUACCGCUCCGACUUAUCACGAUCCGCCGUCCCCGCACUCUGACCCGGUCGACGGCGCUGUGCGCAGCGGUGGUAGGUCAAGUGGCUACCUAGGUGGCGAGUACAAGGGCGACGAGGGCCUCUAUGACGUUGCCAUCGGACCAUACGAUGAGCCAUUGUUGAGUCGCCAGAAUCCUGUCCUGUCGAACCCUGCCUCGAGGAUUCCCGAUAUCAUUAAGCGAGGUGGUGUACCGAGGCCACAGGGUGAGACGUACAAGUACAUCCAGAAGCAUCUCCGAGACAAGAUGCAAUCAGACCAAACAGGCGAAACAGCUCAAGAAGAGACUGUGGCCUCCUUGGCUGACCAGAGCGUAAGUAAGGAGUAUCGAGCGGUAAUCAACAAUGAGAAAGCUGACACAACCAAGAAGGCUGACCAGGAAGCUAAGGAGUGCACUGUUGGAGCUUUCGUAGAGCAGAUGGCAGCAAAGUACCUGAACGCCGAGACCAUGGACGGAGACGAUAACAAGGCCCUCUUCAACGCGAUGGAGAGCGCCGCGUUGGUCUGGGGCAAGAAGACGUUCAAGAAGCUGGAUCCGGAGAAGCAGCACGCGGUGCAGCCGGGCUUGAAGUUGCGUCUUGAUUGUAUCGACGAGAAGUUUCGGGAGGAGUUGGCGAAGUUGAUGGACGAGCGCGCUGGUGGUAUGCUGGCGGAGUUGGGAGUGAGUGACGAGAAGCCUGCGGCUGGUCCUCCUGACUUGCUGUUCAAGCCUGUCUAGAGUAGACGGUGGAGUUGAUGGCGUUGUAUCGGUCCGAGCGAUGAUUUUCUUGGCCUCCUGUUACAUUGCUAGACCUUUCAGCGAUAGACGGAUAUGUCGUGACCUUUGUCGGUCCAUUCACAUGGGUAACGAGUCAGCAUUGGUUGGCUUUCACCAGCUUGGUAUUUACCUAGGAUAGCGUAGUCCUAUCGUAGGAGCA